AUGGAUCCUCAUGCAAGGAAAAAAGAGGACAAGCAAUUCAGAAUGUUGAGCAAUUCACCUACUCCCUUCGACACUAAAAAGAUCCCUCAUUCACCACUGUCUCUUGGCAACAAUCACUCUGUCUAUUUGAGCAAUCUACGUGCCUAUCAACAGCAAUCGCUACGAUCGACUGCCAAUAAACGAGCUGCCACCCCUACCACUAUGGCUACAACCACUGGUCAUGGUGCUGCUACUACUACUACUACUACUACGCCCAUUUCUCCUCAGCACAACUUGCCGCCCAAUCACCCCCUGAGUGCCACAACGGCGCAGUCCGUGUUCCAGCAACAACAAGCCAAACGUCUACAAUACUUUCACACUCGUCCUCCUGUUUAUGUCGUCAAUCCAAGCUUUACUUUGCAGGAUUUUGAAUUAAUGGAUACAUUGGGUACGGGGACAUUUGGACGAGUUUACUUGACAAGAUUCCGAUCGACGAACAAGUUUUACGCCAUGAAGGUGCUAAAGAAAUCCGAAGUAGUACGAUUGAAGCAGGUCGAACAUUUACUGUGGGAGAAACAAAUCUUGGCGUCGGUCCGAUUCCCGUUCAUUGUCGAUCUAUUUUGCGCCUUCCAAGAUAAUACAAACUUGUACAUGUUGCUAGGAUACGUUGUCGGUGGUGAAUUGUUCUCUCAUCUACGUCGCGCUGGCAGAUUCACAAACGAUAUGACCCGCUUUUAUGCAUCAGAAAUCGUUCUUGCUAUUGAAUACCUCCACUCCAAGAACAUUGUUUAUCGUGAUCUCAAGCCUGAAAACCUAUUGCUGGGAUAUGAUGGACACAUUAUCUUGACAGACUUUGGAUUUGCCAAGAUCAUCCAGGAUAGGACAUGGACAUUAUGUGGUACACCCGAAUACUUGGCGCCAGAGGUGAUUCAAAGUAAAGGACAUGGAAAGGCUGUGGAUUGGUGGGCACUUGGCAUCUUGAUAUUCGAAAUGCUUGCAGGAUAUCCACCUUUCUUUGACGAUAACUCUUUUGGGAUUUAUGAAAAGAUCCUUGCCGGCCGAGUGCAAUUCCCGAGUCAUUUUGAUUUGCUCGCAAAGGACCUGCUCAAACGUUUACUAGUUGGCGAUAGGACAAAACGAUUAGGCAACCUCAAGGGAGGACCUGAAGAUAUCAAGAGACACAAAUGGUUUCGUGGUGUGGAUUGGAUUGGUCUUCUUGAAAAGACUGUAAGGGCACCUAUUAUACCCAAGUACCGUCAUCCAGGCGACACGGGCAACUUUGAAAAAUAUCCUGAUACCAAGCUACCGGAACAAGAUGUUGAUGGAGACGAUCCUUACAAGGACAUGUUUGCUGACUUUUGCUGUUCCUGA